AUGGAUAAAGUCCUCAGGCCCGAGAGAUUCAGCGCCGAUCCAAGCACGUCUGGAGCAUCAAAAUCGUGGAUUCACUGGCGUCGAACCUUCGAAAAUUUCCUCGCCGUAUUGACGGAAGAAGGCCUCGAUAAAUUUGGAGUCCUGACAAAUUUUAUUUCGCCUGCGGUAUUCGAAUAUGUAGAAGAAUGUGCCGACUACGAAUCUGCAAUCGAAACUCUUCAAAAUAUUUUCGUGAAGCCGACGAACGAAAUCCACGCCAGACACGUGCUCGCUACCAGACGACAACAGGUUGGUGAAACUCUAGACGAAUAUCUUCAAGCGCUCAAAACUCUCGCCAAAGACUGCAACUUUCAAUCUGUCACCGCUGCCAAAUAUUGUGAGGAAUAUAUACGGGAUGCUUUCAUUACGGGCUACAUUCUAACCAAAUACGCCAAAGGCUACUAG